AUGGCACUAUACGGGGCACCUAUAUGGGCCGGGAGGCUUAACAGCAAAACGAGGGCCCUCCUCCGAAGGCCGCAGAGAGUGAUUGCGCAACGCAUCAUAAGAGGGUACAAGACCAUAGGCCACGCAGCCGCUUGCGCCCUCGCCGGCACCAUACCGUGGGAGCUUGACGCCCGACUCCUGGCCGAGAGGUACAACCAGCGAACGGAGUUACGCAUCGCCGAUGAGCGUCUGGCUCCCAGGGAGUUGGAGGCUCGGCUUGAUGCGGAAAAGAAGAGAGCGAGGGAUCGUUGGAAAAGCCAGCUGGAGGACGAGCCCUAUGGUACGUAUACCGUAGCGGUGCUCCUCACAUCUUUUGACAGCUGGCUAGACCGAAAAAGUGGUACCCUUACGUACAGACAAGUGCAGGUAAUGACUGGACACGGCUGCUUCGGUCAUUACCUGUACACAAUAAGGAGGGAACCUUCGCCGGUUUGUCACCACUGCGGGUACGAAGACGACACUGCCUACCACACGAUGGUGGAAUGCCUAACCUGGGCUCCUGAGAGAUGGGAGCUGGAAAUGGCCCUAAACGUGGAUGAUCUCUCGCUGCACAAUAUAGUAGCAAAAAUCAUAGUCAGCGAGAGAUCCUGGGCGGCGUUCCACAACUUUUGCGAAAAAGUUAUGCGAAAAAAAGAAGAAGCGGAGCGGGCGCGCGAGGCCAGAGCCGAUGCGCAUCCGCUACAGCAAAGACGGAGGGGAGUCAGGCGGCGGCAAUUCGUCAAUGCCUUGAUUCCCCAGUAG